CUACAUUUCCCGGCAUGCCGUGAGGGAUGGAAUUGGGGAGGACUCCCGCGCCCCCGCCACCCUGACUUCUAGUCGGUCUGGUCCCACCCUGAAGAGGAUGGAGGUACCCGGCGGCCCUGCAGCUCCGGAACCCGGCGAGAUCCGGGCUCUAAAGCAGUGUUUGCUGCGCCGCAACAAAAGCCGGGAACAGCACGGCGUGGCGGCCUCUUGCCUCAAGGAGCUGAGGAACAAAGCUUGUGACAUUCUGGCCAUUGAUAAGUCCCUGGCACCAGUAACCCUAGUCUUGGCAGAGGAUGGCACCAUAGUGGAUGAUGAUGAUUACUUCCUGUGUCUUCCUGCCAAUACUAAGUUUGUGGUAUUGGCUGGGAAUGAGAAGUGGACAUACAAUUCAGAUGGAGGUACCGCUUGGAUUACCCAAGAGUCCUUCGACAGAGAUGAAACAGACAGCGGGGCAGGGUUGAAGUGGAAAAACGUGGCCAGGCAGCUGAAGGAAGACCUAUCUAGCAUCAUCCUGCUGUCCGAGGAGGAGCUCCAGAUGCUCAUUGAUGUCCCAUGUUCGGAGCUGGCUCAGGAACUCGGCCAAAGUCAUGUGGCAGUCCAGGGGCUCCAGAACACCCUCCAGCAGGUGCUUGACCAAAGAGAGGAAGCCCGUCAGUCCAGGCAGCUCCUGGAACUUUACCUUCGGGCUCUGGAGAAGGAAGGUGGCAUCUUGUCGAAGCAGCAAGAGUCCAGAGCUGACCUUGGGGACGAGAGGGAUGCUGUUGACACAGGCAUUAGAGAGAGCUCCUCGGAAGUUACACCUGCGAGCCAGAUCCUCUUGGCCCUGAAGGAGAAACCUGCCCCAGAGCUGAGUUUAUCUAGUCAGGAUCUGGAGUUGGUUGCCAAGGAGGACCCUAAAGCACUGGCUGUUGCUUUGAACUGGGACAUAAAGAAGACGGAAGCUGUUCAACAGGCCUGUAAUCAGGAACUUAGCCUACGCCUCCAGCAGGUGCAGAGCUUGCGUUCUCUGAGGAGCAUUUCAGCAAGGACGAGUUCACUGCCUGGAGACGUGGAGAACCCCAAACGAACCAGACGAGACCCCAUGUAGCUGGUGGCCAGCAACAUGCCAAAGAAAACCUUGGGUUGCGUGUCAGUGUCAGUAAAUGCCUUUAGCCUAGUCAUUAUAGCUACUUACAUACUCCUCUGCCCCCUGCCUUUCAGAAUGUUCUGGAACAGACUAGAAGAUGGGCUUUGGGUCUUCUUCAGAAAAGCCAUUCCAGCUUUCUUUACAUAUUGAACCAUAAGGCUGCACCAGCUCCUCUAAUUGCAAGUUCAUAUGUUCUCUGUGUAUAGUAGUUGUGAAGGGCAUGGAAUAGAAGCUGUCGUGUUUCAGACCAACUAUCCUUUUUUUUUUUGUCUUUUCCUUCUACAUCAGACAAAUGAUAUAUCUCUUUUCAUGAUAUAAUCUAUGCAACCAUCAUAGUAAUGAACCUACUAUUCUUUUCCUUUUUUUUUUGAUGUGGACCAUUUUGAAAGUCUUUAUUGAAUUUGUUCCAACACUGCUUGUGUUUUAUCUUUUGGUGUUUUGGCCCCAAAGCAUGUUGGAUCUUAGCUCCCUGACCAGUGAUCAAACCUGAACCCCCGGCGUUGGAAGGCAGAUUCUUAACCACUGGACCAUCACGGAAGCCCAGAUGCACAAUUCUCAUUCUAAAGAUGGAACUGCAGAAUUUUAAACACAAAUAAUGGUAGAGAAGGUGAUGCAUCAAUGUUGAUUAUGGUCACAAACUUAUUUCUCAAGUUAAUGAAUUUUUUUGUUUGUUUAAAGGCACAUAUUAAAUUUGCAGACCAUAGGGACAUACAGAGAGUCUAAUUUACCAUUUCUAAUAUCUAAUUCAGUAUUGUGAAAUUAUAUCCAUUACCACUGUGAAACUUUCCAGUUUUCUAAUAUGUUUUAUCAGCAGGGGAUAUAAAAAGGUCGUUAAAUCAAUCUCUGUGAGAUACGACUCCAGGUCUCUCUGGGUGCAGAACAGAGACUUCUGGUUUAUAUUCCUCUUGUUUCUGUGCUAACUUGUUCUUCAAGUUUUGUAAUCUACAAUGCAAUUUCUCUUGCAGGGAAAAAGAUAAUUAGUUAUUGACUUAUUUGACUUACUUUUUAAGCAUACUUAGAGGAAAAUGGAAUACUGUUAAGAAUACAUUGGCUAAUUAUUAAAUAAAGAAAUGUAACAAUAAGUCCUAAGGUGAGGCAGAGAUGCAAAAAACAAACAGAACAAAAAGAGCUAUUGGCUUCUCCUAUGACCUUCCUCAAGGAGGGAUCAGGUCUACUCAGCAUACUCCUACUAAUGCCUUAUGCCAUUGGUUCUCACUUGCCCCAAUAUUUUCUUUUUUAAUAGCAUAUUUUAUAAUGCUUUCUUAAUUAUCCUUAAAUGAAAGCCAGAGCUGAUAACCUACCUACAUGUAUACCUUCAUCAACACAAUACCUCCAAAUGGAAACAAAGGAAAAUAAUUUUCAAUAAGAUGGUCUGUAUCCAUCUCAGUAUGCCCUUUUCUGUAGAUGACCAUCAAAAGGCAUAAGGAAGCUCUCAGGUGCUUAUCCUUACAAUUGAAUUACCUUGAGUUUGUUAGAAGCAGCCAUGCAUGGUACAUAGUGAUUGGUGACUCAAAUUCCACAAGCAGCAUCGCCCUUCAUAAUGGGAGUUCCCAAAACAGUGACGUUCUGGGCAGUAUACCACAUCUGUCCUUGAUUUACAAGGUGGCUGCAUUCUUGAAAAAGCUAGGGAAUGUUAAAACUGGAAAAAAUACUCUGUAUAUAAAACAGAAUUAGGUUUGGGGCUGAUUUGGAAUGGGUUUUCAUUCCUGUGAACAGCCAGCAUGACAUGAAAGUCAUGUGGUGGCAGUGGGAGGGUAGACACGUGGGAUGUGGGAUGAUAAUUCACUAUGUUGAACUGUCCUGUGCUUUGCAGGAAGAGUAGCAGCCUACCUCCCACCCCACCAUUCAGUGUCAGUAGCAGCCUCCAGGUACUGAGACAGUUGACAGGAGCCCCCAGGUUCUCAAAAUGCUCCUGGAGGGGCAGUAAUGCCAGUUGAUUUUUAUGACAGUUUGCAGUCAGCUCUGUGCCAGCACCUACUACACUGGAGCCUCAAAACUGAGUGAGCUUAAGAGGGUGUGGCGUGCCAGCUCUCAUUUUGUACAUGAGCAAAGUCGUGCUCAAGAAGGAUCAGUGACUUGCCUCAUAUCAUAAGGCUAAUUGGAGGGCCAGGGUUCAAAGUCAGGUCUUUUGGCUUUAUUUUGGUUUGAGGUUUUGGUCUUUUGGCUAUACCACCCAGCUUGUGGGAUCUUAGUUCCCCAGCCAGGGAUUGAACUUGGGCCCUUGGCAGUGAAAGCACAGAGUCCUAACUACUGAACCACCAGGAAUUCCUAGGUCUUCUGGUUGCAAUCCUGGUGUUCUUUCCACUUACUUGUAUUUUCUCUUAAGUCUACAUACUCUUUUACUCUACAUCCAGAUCACUGGUUUUGUUAAUUUGUAGUUCAGUCACUCAGUCAUGUCUGACUCUGUGACCCCAUGGACUGCAGCACACCAGGCUUCCCCGUCCUUCCCUAUUAUUUUGUUUUGUUAAUACCAGAAUAAUAAGUUGAAUUCAGCUCCAAAUGAAAAAGACCUAAUAUGUUUGCAACAUGAUUGCUAAAAGAUUUCUAAAUGUAGUCCUUGUGUUGGUAGUGUAAAAGAAAGAAAUUAGCCUUGUGAACAUUAUAGUUAGCACAGUAGCAAAGGAAGCCUGGGUUCCAGAAAUAAUAGAACAGCAUCUCUAUUUAACUAUUGUGUCAGCAGUUAUCUCUGUUCACCAAUUAUAUCAGCAUCUCCAUCUUUGCCCUACUGAAUGAAAAAUGUUUUCUCCAAUUAUUUUCACCAGAUACACAGUAGAGCUUUAGUUGAUGGGCCGGGCGUUGGUAUUGGUCUUCUGUAUUAGAAACAAACCUACUGAGCAUCUCAGCUGCAUAGGAGAAUAGCAAAAGUACUUUGGCCUUUGGAACGAGACAGACCCACAUGGAGUCUAACCUUAUGGGACAGUAGUUUCCAAAAAUGAAAGGUUAGCCUAAGGCCCAAGGUGGAAGGGGUUAAAUUAAAUGAAGGAAGUUGGAGAAUAUCACCGACUCAAAGGACAUGAGUUUGAGCAAGCUCUGGGAGAUGGUGAAGGACAGGGAAGCCUGGCGUGCUGCAGUCAAUGGGGUCGCAAAGAGUCAGACACGACUGAGCGACUGAGCAACAAGUAGGAGGAAGAGCUCAGUACCAGCACAGUGAUAUAGAGGGAGUGGUUCCCUUUCAUCUCCCCAGGGCCAGAGAGAGGCGGGUGCGAACAGAGACCUUUGCAAACCCUAGACCAAAUGUAGAGUCAAAAGUUAUUUUGCCCCAAGUACCCCUUACCUCCCCUGCACCACUGUGCCUGCAGGCCUUCUAGAAUAGAACAGAGCAGCAGAGCAAUAGUCUAAAAAUAGGAGAGACAGAGGGAGCAGGGCACAGCCGAUGUUAGGAAGAAAGACUGUCAAAGAAAGCAGCUGGGACUAAUGAACUCUACAUUAGCCAUAUUCCAUUCUUUGGACUCAAGUCAAAUGUCGGUCCCCAUUAGGCAAUUGGCUUUGACAGGAGCCGUGCUAAUUACCACUUACCAACCUUUAAUUUCUGGGUAAAAGCAAAAGGAAAAAAAACUAAUGGAUUUUUCAUUUUCCAGAAAGAAAGGAAUAAAAUAAUAGUAGUCUGUUAAAAAAUA